AUGAGGACGUUGUGGUUGUGGGCCUUAGUGCCACUUAUUUUGUUAUCCCGUGCCGACGAAGAGGAGGCCAGCAAUGGAAAAGACAAGAAGUACGGAACCAUCAUUGGUAUUGAUUUGGGAACCACCUACUCAUGUGUUGGAGUCUACAAGAAUGGCCGAGUGGAGAUCAUCGCCAACGACCAAGGUAACCGAAUCACUCCAUCCUACGUGGCAUUCACUCCUGAGACUGGUGAGCGUCUGAUUGGUGAUGCCGCCAAGAAUCAGUUGACUCUGAACCCCGAGAACACCAUCUUCGAUGCCAAGAGAUUGAUUGGACGUGAGUUCAGCGAGAAGUCUGUACAGGCUGAUCUCAAAUUGUGGCCUUUCAAGGUAUGUUUAUAUUUAUUUGAUGUCAAACUCUAGGGUACGAGACACCAAAAUUUUAUAAUGAUAUCUUUCCAGGUUACUAACAAGAACAAUAAGCCCCAUGUCCAAGUCAAAGUAGGUGAGGAAACCAAGGAAUUCGCCCCAGAAGAGGUGUCCGCCAUGGUUUUGGGUAAAAUGAAGGAAAUCGCUGAGCAAUACCUUGGGAAGGAGGUUAAGAACGCCGUUGUCACCGUCCCAGCCUACUUCAACGACGCCCAACGUCAGGCCACCAAGGAUGCCGGUGUUAUUGCUGGUUUGAAUGUUGUCCGUAUCAUCAACGAGCCUACUGCCGCCGCUAUUGCCUAUGGUUUGGAUAAGAAGGAUGGUAAGUUUUAGUAAAAUUUACAUCUUGCGGAAGUUUUGGAUUUUCUUGAGUGAAUUAUACUAGGAAUAAGUCUCGUGGUUGAGGUCGACAGUUGCGAGCGUAAUAGUUUUGAACAAAUUUCUUUGCAUUUCGGACACGUUUCACCCGAGACAGCUUGCACUGCCUGGCUCGAUUUGUGUGUCGCCGCGAUGCUGACCUCAUUCGGGACUUCACAGUGACCUUUUCUUUUUCCCCGCGCGAACUCUUGAAAAGCGUGACCCAUUAAGAGCCAAAAACUGACUUUUUUAGGUGAACGUAACAUCCUGGUGUUCGAUCUUGGAGGUGGUACCUUCGAUGUGUCCCUUCUCACCAUUGACAAUGGAGUUUUCGAAGUUUUGGCCACCAAUGGAGACACCCAUUUGGGAGGAGAAGAUUUUGAUCAGCGAGUGAUGGAGUACUUUAUCAAAUUGUACAAGAAGAAGACCGGAAAAGAUCUCCGUAAGAGUCACCGUGCCGUCCAGAAGCUCCGUCGUGAGGUUGAGAAGGCCAAGAGAACACUGUCUGUUCAACAUCAAGUGAAGGUCGAGAUCGAAUCUCUGAUCGAUGGAGAAGAUUUCUCAGAAACUUUGACCCGCGCUAAGUUCGAGGAGUUGAACAUGGACUUGUUCCGCGGAACCUUAAAGCCUGUGCAGAAGGUUUUGGAAGAUGCCGACAUCAAGAAGGAGGAUGUCCAUGAGAUUGUUUUGGUCGGAGGUUCCACCAGAAUCCCCAAAGUCCAACAACUUCUCAAAGAGUUCUUCAACGGAAAAGAACCUUCGCGUGGCAUCAACCCUGAUGAGGCUGUCGCGUAUGGUGCUGCCGUUCAAGGUGGAGUUAUCUCCGGAGAAGAAGAUACUGAAAUUGUUCUUCUCGAUGUCAACCCACUUACUAUGGGAAUUGAAACCGUUGGUGGAGUCAUGACUAAACUUAUCACUCGUAACACCGUCAUCCCAACCAAGAAAUCCCAAGUCUUCUCUACUGCCGCUGAUAACCAACCUACCGUAACGAUUAAAGUCUACGAAGGAGAACGACCAAUGACGAAGGACAACCAUCUUUUGGGAACAUUUGACUUGACUGGCAUCCCACCAGCUCCACGAGGAGUUCCUCAAAUUGAGGUUACUUUUGAAAUCGACGUCAGUGGUAUCCUCCAUGUAUCUGCUGAGGACAAAGGAACUGGAAACAAAAACAAGAUCACCAUUACCAACGAUCACAACAGACUCUCGCCCGAAGACAUCGAGCGUAUGAUCAACGACGCCGAGAAGUUUGCUGAUGAGGAUAAGAAGGUGAAGGAGGUGGUGGAAGCCAAGAAUGAGCUCGAACAGUACUCUUAUCAACUUAAGAACCAGGUAAAAUUUAGUUCCAUUGUUCUAAUGUAGUGUUUUCCUGCGAAUUGAUUUAAUUUUUUUUCUUUUCAGCUGAAUGACAAAGAGAAGGGACUCGGAUCUAAGUUGGACGAAGAUGAAAAGAAGACCAUUGAGGAAGCUGUCGAUGAAGCUCUUAGCUGGCUCGAAUCCAACAAGGACUCAUCGGCCGAAGAGAUCAAGGAAAGAAAGAAGGAGUUGGAAGCCAAGGUCAACCCCAUCGUCAGCAAACUCUACGAAGGUCAAGCUCCACCCCAAGGUGGCGAGGAAUCGGAAGCGGGUUCUGAAGACAAAGACGAGUUGUAA